AUGGACAAAAUAUUCGCACCAGCUCCCGAACCCGCUACCCCUCUGGGCCGGUACCGCAUUCUCUCCUCCACAGCGGGUGUCCGUGUCUCCCCACUCCAGCUGGGAGGCAUGUCGAUUGGUGACGCAUGGAACGGAUUCAUGGGCAGCAUGGACAAGGAGCAAUCCUUCAAGCUACUCGACGCCUUCGUCGAAGCCGGUGGCAACUUCAUCGACACAUCCAACAACUACCAAAACGAGCAGUCCGAAGCCUGGAUCGGCGAAUGGAUGGCAUUGCGCGGCAACCGUGACCAAAUGGUCAUCGCAACCAAGUUCACAACAGACUACCGCAGCCAUGCCCUGGGCAAAGGCAAAACACCCAACUCGUGUGGAAACCAUAAACGCAGCAUGUUCCUCAGCGUGCGAGACUCCCUCCGCAAGCUACAAACAGACUUCAUUGAUAUUCUUUACCUACACUGGUGGGACCACACCACCUCCAUCGAGGAGGUAAUGGAUUCCCUCCACAUCCUCGUCGAGCAGGGUAAGGUCAUGUACCUCGGUAUCUCCGACACACCCGCGUGGGUCGUCUCAGCCGCGAAUGCCUAUGCCCGUGCACAUGGCAAGACGCCCUUCUCAAUCUACCAGGGUCGGUGGAAUGUGAUGCGCCGUGACUUCGAGCGCGAUAUUCUGCCCAUGGCUCGCUACUACGGCAUGGCUCUCGCGCCGUGGGAUGUUCUGGGCAGCGGCCACUUCCAAACGGCGAAGCAGCUUGCCGAGCGUGAGAAGAAUGGUGAGGGGCUUCGCAGCAUGUUGGGUCAGGGUCAGACAGAGGAAGAGCGUCACAUUUCCGAGGCGCUGGCGAAGGUUGCCGCUGAGCAUGGUACCGAGUCUGUUACCGCCAUUGCAUUGGCGUACGUGCUUUGCAAAGCACCGAAUGUCUUCCCGCUUGUGGGUGGACGUAAGAUUGAGCACUUGAAGGAUAAUAUCCAAGCUCUGUCAAUUCGUCUUACCCAGAAGCAGAUUGAAUUCCUAGAGGCUGCGACGACAUUUGAUGAAGGUUUCCCUAGUAACUUCAUUGGUGUCGACCCUAAGGUCUCUGGCCGCGGCCCCAACUUCCUGAUGCAGACGUCGGGCCAAUAUGACUUUGUGCAGUCCGAGCGGGCUAUUGGUUACGAGCCCGAGAAAUAA